AGCCAGUGGAUGAGGAUCAUGUUUGUGUAUAAAUGAUUAUCAUAUGCUUCUUUUGAAGAAGUAAGCCCUCAGGUCAUAAAAAUGUUCAGUGCGAGCCAGUCCUCCAAAGCCCAGUUCCUCGACAAAGCACGCCAGGCUCGGGAGGAGCGGAGGGAGCUGAAGGAGAGGGAGCGUGCUGCAGUCCAGGUCCAAGCUUUGAUCAGGAGAUUUCUCUGUCGAUGCCGCCUGCAGAGGGAGAUAAGGAGAGAAGUGGAGGAUUUCUUUGAGGCAAAUGAAUCUGGCUCGAGUAAAAGAAGUGCUCUUUCUAUCUUCAGAAUUGCUAGGAAGCUACUGUUUGUAUUUAAUCAUAAAGAGGACAAAGAGAGAUUUGAAAAGCUGUGCCGGUGUAUUCUUAAUAGUAUGGAUGUUGAGAAUGAGCCCAAGGUGUGGUAUGUGUCACUGGCACUCUCCAAGGAUCUUACGCUCUUAUGGAUCAAACAGAUCAAAGACAUUUUGUGGUUUUGCUGUGAAUUUCUCAAGCAGCUUAAGCCUGACAUCUUACAAGACUCCAGACUGGUCAAUUUGCACCUUACAAUGCUUGUCACCUUCACAGAUACUUCCACUUGGAAAAUCCUUCGGGGAAAAGGUGAAACCCUGAGGCCUGCCAUGAACCACAUCUGUGCAAACAUCAUGGGACAUCUAAAUCAGAAGGGAUUUUAUUCUGUGCUGCAGAUUUUGCUAACUAAUGGCUUGGCAAGAUCCAGACCUUCCUUGUCCAAAGGCUCUUUAACUGCCAUCUUCUCUCUUGCAUUGCGCCCUGUGGUUGCUGCACAGUUUUCAGACAAUCUGUUGAGGUCGUUUUUGAUCCAUAUCAUGUCUGUGCCUGCUAUAAUGACUCAUCUUGCUACUCUAACACCUGAGCGUCUGGCAGUGAUAGAAUCUCAUGAUCUCCUCCGCAAAUUCAUCCUAUUUUUAAGUCGUGAAGCACAAUGCCGAGAUGUCUGCGUGUGCUUAGAAGGAAGUCACACUCUUUGUUUGUUAGGUAAUCUUGUGUACCUGGGCUCCUUGAAUGAUAAAGUUCUUGAGGAGGAGACAGCUCAUUUUGUGGGUGUGCUCAUUCACAUGCUCUCCUACUGCCAGAAGUACGUUUCACAAAAGAAAUCCAACCUCACCCACUGGCAUCCUGUUCUGGGCUGGUUUUCGCAGACUGUGGAUUAUGGAUUGAAUGAGUCCAUGCCUCUGCUGACAAAGCAACUGCAGCAUCUCUGGGGAGUCCAUAUGAUCCGCAUCCUCUUCAGUGAUGUGCUCAGCAAGAAAUUGCUGGAGAAUCAGGAAAUAGCUCAGCUGCCAACACAGCCAGUUUCCCCUCAGAACAGCCUUCCUAUGAAGAAUCUUUUCAAGAGAGCUUUCCAGAAGUCUGCAUCUGUCCGCAACAUUCUCAAGCCUGUUGGAGGCAAGCGAGUGGACUCAGCAGAAGUGCAGAAGGUGUGCAGUAUCUGUGUCCUGUACCAAACCACGCUCACAACGCUAACACAGAUCCGCCUGCAGAUACUCACAGGCCUCACUUACCUGGAUGAUCUGUUGCCCAAAUUAUGGGCUUUUAUCUGUGAGCUGGGACCACAAGGUGGGUUAAAACUCUUCUUGGAGUGCUUGAAUAAUGAUACGGAGGAAUCCAAGAGGCUGCUGGCCAUGUUGAUGCUCUUCUGUGACUGCUCCCGCCACCUUAUCACGAUUCUUGAUGACAUAGAAGUCUAUGAAGAGCAGAUUUCAUUCAAACUGGAAGAGCUUGUUACCAUCUCGUCUUUUCUGAAUUCCUUUGUAUUUAAGAUGAUCUGGGAUGGAAUUGUAGAGAAUGCCAGAGGGGAGACCCUGGAGCUGUUUCAUUCUGUCCAUGGCUGGCUCAUGGUCUUGUAUGAAAGGGACUGCCGCAGGCGUUUUGCUCCCGAGGAUCACUGGUUACGCAAGGACCUCAAACCCAGCGUGCUCUUCCAGGAGCUGGAUAAGGACAAGAAGCGAGCCCAGCUGCUCCUGCAGUACAUUCCGCACGUCAUUCCCCACAAGAACAGGGUGCUGCUUUUCCGAAACAUGGUUACAAAGGAGAAGGAGAAGCUUGGGCUGGUUGAAACCAGCUCCGCAUCACCUCAUGUCACACACAUCACUAUCCGCCGCUCACGUAUGCUGGAGGAUGGAUAUGAACAGCUACGGCAGCUUUCCCAGAACGCCAUGAAGGGAGUGAUCAGAGUGAAGUUUGUGAAUGAUCUGGGAGUCGAUGAGGCUGGUAUUGAUCAAGAUGGUGUCUUCAAAGAGUUUCUGGAAGAGAUAAUAAAAAAAGUGUUUGACCCCGCACUCAACUUGUUCAAGACAACCAGUGGUGAUGAGAGGCUGUAUCCAUCCCCAACAUCCUACAUUCAUGAGAACUACCUACAGCUCUUUGAGUUUGUGGGGAAGAUGCUUGGGAAGGCUGUAUAUGAGGGAAUAGUUGUGGAUGUACCGUUUGCUUCCUUCUUCUUGAGUCAGCUACUUGGGCACCACCACAGUGUCUUCUACAGCUCCGUGGAUGAACUUCCCUCCUUGGACUCUGAGUUCUAUAAAAAUCUCACUUCAAUUAAGCGUUAUGAUGGUGAUAUCAGUGACUUGGGCUUAACGCUGUCCUAUGAUGAAGAUGUGAUGGGUCAGCUUGUUUGCCAUGAACUUGUUCCUGGAGGGAAGACCAUUCCCGUUACCAAUGAAAAUAAGAUCAGCUACAUCCAUCUCAUGGCUCACUUCCGGAUGCACACGCAAAUCAAGAGUCAGACAGCAGCGCUCAUCAGUGGAUUCAGGUCGAUCAUUAAGCCUGAAUGGAUUCGUAUGUUUUCUGCACCAGAGUUGCAGCGGCUGAUCUCCGGUGACAAUGCUGAGAUUGACCUUGAGGACUUAAAAAAACACACGGUGUACUAUGGGGGGUUCCAUGGGAGUCACCGGGUCAUUAUCUGGCUGUGGGACAUCCUCGCCAAUGACUUCAGCCCUGAGGAGAGAGCCAUGUUUCUCAAGUUUGUUACCAGCUGCUCGAGGCCUCCGCUUUUGGGCUUUGCCUACCUCAAGCCUCCUUUUUCCAUCCGCUGCGUGGAAGUCUCUGAUGAUCAGGACACCGGUGACACGCUGGGCAGUGUGCUACGGGGCUUCUUCACAAUCCGCAAGAAAGAGCCAGGUGGGCGUCUCCCAACCUCUUCUACGUGUUUCAACCUCCUCAAGCUUCCCAACUACAGCAAGAAGAGCAUCCUGCGGGAGAAGCUGCGCUACGCGAUCAGCAUGAACACUGGUUUCGAGCUGUCCUAGUUGCCAUGGCCCUGGACUCCGCCAUGGGGGCUCUCGGAGCUGCUGACUGCUGCUGGAGGUGGAGGCCUUCAUGCACAGAGGGUGGAUCAGCUCCGCGGGAGCUGACUGCUCACUCGAGGGCUGGAGAGAUGCAGCUGAUAAUAGAGGUUUACAGGGAAGAGCUUCUGGGCUAGACACGGCUGGCUCUUCUUGGGCACUUCUCCAGCAUGAAGGAGGUGAUGGGCCUGACCCAAUACACUUCACUUGACACCCACGUAAAUCGUCUUUUAAAAGCAAACCCCGGGGGAGCAUAAAAGGAACAUUAAAAGUGCCAGUCAGAUUAGCGACCGUAAUACCCCCCAGCAGGCUGUGCAGUCUGGGCAGCUGCUGCUGUGGGAGUGUUUCUUUUUCCUUUCCCAGGAGAUGGUCCAGUUUCUUACUGGGUGGAAGUCAGUCUGUGGGAAGCUGUACAAAGGCAGAAACAUGACAGAGCCCACAAGGAGACGAGCACGAGGCUGCAGCGUUGGAUGUGCCACAAACGGGCACUGUUUACUCAGGACAGGUACUGCGCGGGGGCUUCCUGAUGCCUUUGCUCUGUGCAAGGCCCUUGCGUUUGUCUCGGAGAAUGAACCACUUGCCCAGACUCGAGAAGCAGCGGGUUAAACACAAGCAGAUGGACCCCGCCGUUCUCAGGAAGGUUUCAGAGUGCUGUAGGUUAAGAGCUCAAGCAGCAGGCGUGGGGGUCAGCGUGCUGAGCCAGCUGUGCCUCUGCCAAGCUCUUGCCAGAGCCUGUGCUUUGGACGAAAGGGGUUGUUGUCUGAAUUUGCUCAGGAGCAGAAAAGGUUUAAUUUUAUUUAAUUUCCAGAGGACAGGAGCUGGCACGCAGCUCGGGCAGCCCUUGCUCCCUGGCACAGUGCUCAAGUGGGGCAGGUGCCCCCUGCGCUCUCUGGAAGGGGAAUGUGUCGAGCUGCCGAGAGCCCUCUGGAAACCUCCGCUGGCAAAAUUCCUCUUACUCGGAUAGAAGUUUCACUUUGUUAGCAGGCCCUUUUGUUAGGGAGAUGUGCUGUUUCGAACCAGGACUUGGCCUCUGCAUAACAGCCACAUUUGCUUUGUUGCCAAACUAUUUAUUUUGGUCACUUUGUCUCUUUCUGGCCUUAUUUUUAACAGUUGAUGUUUGCCUGUAGCAGGCAGCUUUUUCAGGUUGUUCUGAAAGGCAGGGUGUGAGUGGGGGGCGCGCACGUGUGCGUGUUGGGAAGGUGUGGACCCUUCCUGCCAUUUCUAAUGAAGUCCAGAGCCUGAUUUGUAAAGCGUCUCUGCAGCUUCCCAGCCUUGGUCCCUCGUGCUGCUGCAAGUCCUGCCUCGGCCCGGGCCAGGAGAGAGGAGAAACUGCCGUCUCCUGGGCUGCUCUGUCCUUGCUGGGUUUCUGGCACAAAGGAAAGCCAUGUACGUUCUCCUGUUCGGGACAGGAUUAAAAACCAGUCACCUUCUCCCCUUCUUACUAAUAAAACAAGCUCCCACAGAGGCUGCUAGUAUCUCCCCUGGACUUCCUUUCCCCUCCUUCCCUUCCUGUGGCACUGGCGACCCUCACCCUGCGCUCUGGCCCCUCCGCACUGUAUGGGCAGAUCGGCUCGGAGCCUUGCUGCACCAGUCAGCUUGCAGCAGCCGCUCCGGUGCGAGGCUGCCGUACCCUACCUCAUCCUCUGGCUUGCCUUGGUCCAUCUCGCGGGGAUUCGCGUCCCCAGGCGUGCUCAGCGUAGCACAGGUCUCCGCGCAGAGAAGGCUCCCUGGGCUCUUUGAAAGACCCUCUUAACCACGGUAUGUUGCACAUUUCAAACAGACCAGAAAAUACUUGGCACCGUUCAACCAAGAGUAUAGAGAUGGUCUUUGCUUCAUCUUUCUCUUCUGUCUUGCUUCAGCUAGUUUUCAGAGAAGUAACCUUUUUUUUUUUAGAACCAAUGCCUGGAAAUGCAUCUGGAAAGCGACGUCAGGAUCCUUUUUCUAUGUUAACUCAGUAACAUUAAGCAGGAGUGACUGGAAGUGUUAGUGAGGACAGGAAUGUCUGCAUUCAGAGGAUUCAAGAUACUGGACUAUGAGUCCAGAGAAAUUAAAGAUGAUAGUAAAUUUCUUUUUUUAAUUCUUUUUUAAAUUUUUUUUUUUACAUAGAGCAUUUCAGCAUUAACCAGUUGUUGACUGUGUAGUUGAGAGGUUUAGGCACUGACUUGUACCAAUCAUAGUUUAAAAUAUCACACAAGAUCUCUUUUUUUCUUCUAGGGAAAUGCAGUGUGUCUAAGUAGAGCACAAUGAUUGUUCAAUGAAGUGGGUUGUUGAACACAGUGAAAUAAAAUCUUUGCUCCCCUUUUUUCCUUCGUUCCUCAGGAGUACAAUUCCUAGAAAAGAUCUUAAUGCAGACUUAGCUAGGUCCCUCCAAACCUGGAAAUAUUGCACUACGAGACACUACAUCCAAUUUUGUAGCUAGCCUAUAAAACGUGAUUAUCUAGUAAACGCCCUGGUGGCUGUGUGUGCAACAACAAUAUUUCUCUUGAGUACCUGAUUUCUGUAUGACUGGGAGGCUUUAAUACGUUUUUACCUGAGCGGAAGGCUGCGAAUGUGUAUCGGUCCCUGCCUGCACUGCUGUAUUCUGCGCGGGUGUUCUUUGUCGGGCAGGGAUGGUUUUGCCACGGGAGAUUAAUGACUAUUUUUUCUAUAGAAGACUUGCUGCUGUGGAGACCUUGGUAACAUCCCUUGUAUCAGAAAUGCAGGGAAGAGAAAAAUAAACCUGGUAUGAGUAAGA